AUUCAUUGAAUACAACUACGGGCGUAUUACCGUUUCAUGGACUGUGUGCUUCUUGUCGUUGCAAAAUGAAGGACCCGGAACAGGACGAAAUCACUGAGAACGAUCCACUUUCUACUAUUGACAAUGCAACGAUUCAGGCACAUCAGAAACGUCGCUUUGAUAGCAUCGGCAGCACGUUCAUCUUCAGCAAGCUGAAAACUGAGUAUGACCAUAAGGAGACGGAGGAUUUGUACAGGAUCUAUUACUUCAAACAGAACCGUUGGUCUCUCAGCGUUCUGCUUGGUUGCAUGACGUUCGUUGCUGGAUUCUUUGCUGUGUUCUUGCUUAUUCAGCAAUGGAAUAUAUUUGCCACAAACCCUGUCAUUGAAAUGAUUAUGGUAGCAAUGUAUGCAAUUCUUUCUGGCAUCAACUUUGUGAUACUGUUGUUCAAGUCUUCAGAAGUUGUCAUGAAGUGGAGUUCUGUUAUGUCAUGGCUGUGUUUAAGUGGCAUUGCUUAUGCAUUGUAUGCUGUUCGAAAGCGUACUCCUACCGAGGGCUUAGCCACCAUUAUGUACUGCAUAUUCAUCAUAUAUUUUUUGAUACCAUUUUCUCCUCGAGCAGCAGUACUCACUGGUUUCGUGAACUUGGUUGUUCAUCUUACUGUUACUGGGUUGACUUGUGCUCCUGAUACACAAUAUUUAGGUCAUCAGUUGGCGUCUAAUUUCAUUCUCUUGUUGUGUGCAAACGUUGUUGGAUUUUAUCAUCGCUAUUCUGCUGAUCUAAUCCAUCGCCGAACAUUCAAGGAGAUAAAGCAGUGUAUUGAAGCUAGAAUUAGACUAGAAGAGAAACAGACCGAGAAGGAAUUGUUGCUGAAGUCAGUAUUACCAGAGCAUAUAGCUCUGGAGAUACGAGAUGAUUUUGUGAGUGGUAAAGCUCAAGAACUUGGUCAUUUUCAUCGUUUUUAUGUGAGCCGGCAUGAGAAUGUCAGUAUUCUAUUUGCAGACAUUGUUGGGUUUACACGUCUUGCUAGUGGUUGCACUGCAAAAGAGCUUGUGAGGAUUCUGAAUGAGUUGUUUGCUCGAUUUGAUCAACUAGCAAAGGAGCAUCAAUGUUUACGUAUUAAAAUUCUUGGAGAUUGUUACUACUGUGUAGCAGGAUUGCUCGAUCCUCGUUCUGAUCAUGCCAAGUGUGCUGUGGAGAUGGGGCUAAGUAUGGUGGAAGCCAUCAAGACAGUUCGAGAGGCAACUGGAGUUGAUGUUGAUAUGCGAGUAGGUGUUCAUACGGGAGCAGUUUUAUGUGGGGUAUUGGGGCAGAAAAAGUGGCAGUUUGAUGUUUGGUCAAAUGACGUUACUACAGCAAAUCAUAUUGAGUCUGGAGGAGUAACGGGAUAUGUUCACGUAUCAAAGUCUACUCUGGAUUGUUUAAAAGGACGGUACUAUAUUCUACCAGGCAAUGGAAGAAAAAGGGAUUCAUAUCUUGAUGAAAAGAAUGUAGAAACAUUUCUCAUAGAUUCUUCUCAACAUCGCUGCCAGAGCGUGACCUCUACCCCAGUGUAUUGCAGGAGAGAUAUGAGUGGUGAUCACCCUUCUGUAUUAAAGACUUCCUUGUCAGAUGAUGCAUUAUCACGGUUGAACUUUCCCACCAAGAAGCGUCGGAUGUCUCAAAUAUUUGAUCUAAAUGUAGGAGGUGAGAGCGUUCCUUUUGCAAAUGUGGUGCCUAGAUCAUCAGCCAAUCUUAAGAAAGCUAGCAUUUCAGUAAUGUCUGCUGGAAUCUAUGGUGGCAGUUCAAGAGUACCGUUUAUAAGGACAGAUUCUGGACAUGAGAUCAAAAUUCGAGGCAGAGCAGAGUUGUUGGAUGUAGAAGUAACAAAACGCAUGGCUGAUGCAAUAUGUGAAGGGAAUUGGGCAACAUCUAAUCGAUCAAAUAUAUCAAGGUUUACGUUGCGAUUCAAGGACAAAGAGUUGGAAAAGAAAUAUUGGAAUUUGGAAGAUGACAAAGGUGCAUUUUACAGUACAUGCUGUGUUGUCAUUCUAUUGUCCAUCUUCAUUGUUGAAGCAGUUAUGCUGCCAAGAACAUGGACAUUGCUAAUCUCUUUUGUGAUCAGUGCGCUGCUGAUUGGUAGUCUGACGUUUGUUUUGCUUAUUGCUAAAGUAGAGAAAUUUCAGUUCUCUGUGUUCCAUAAAAUGGCGAAAGCUGUGGCUUCUAGUCCAAUUUUGAGAGUGAUAGUUGCUGUUGUUUCUGUUGUGGAUUUGUUGGUAGUUUCAUAUUUGAACAUCAUUUCAUGUGAAACUGAAGGUCUCCAUCGAGGUGUUAACGAUUCCUGCAAAUGUUAUCGAACUAAUUAUUCAUUUGAGAUUGAUCUUGACAGACCAACGUGCGACUUUCCACAGUACUUCUGUUUUUGUGCUUUGUUAGCAAUGACGUCUAUUGCUGUGUUUAUCAAAACUUACUUUAUUGUAAAAAUUUGCAUACUGAUGAUUGCCAGUUCAAUAUACAGCGGCCUCGUGUAUUUCGUCAACUCUUGUAUCUAUGAUGCAGCAGAUGCUCUUGUACAACCAGCAAAAUGUGGAGAAUAUUCUGGUCUUGGCUACAUUGCUUUGUACUUCUUUACACUUUAUGCUGUCAUGAUAUUUGCUCUAGCGAGACAGACUGAGAUUGCCUUGCGACUCGACUUCUUGUGGGAAGCUGAAGCUGUUGGUGAAAACAAGAAAAUGGACACUCUAGAAGAAGUAAAUGGAAUGUUGCUGCAAAAUGUGUUACCAAAACACGUGGCUAGCCACUUCACUCGUCUGAUGCAUAGAGGAACUCUUAGUGUCAAUGACCUGUAUUCUCAACAGUACAACAAUGUCGCAGUUAUGUUUGCUUCAAUACCAAACUUUGCUAAUUUCUACAGUGAAGAAGUUGUUAACAAUCAAGGAAUAGAAUGUCUACGACUUCUUCAUGAGAUCAUUACUGACUUUGAUGAGGUUCUUCUCAGACCAAAGUUUAGCUCAGUUGAAAAAAUUAAAACUAUUGGGAGCACAUACAUGGCAGCUGCAGGACUGUCGCCAGAAGGGGAUGCUGAUUGGCGGUGUUUGUGCACUCUGGUUGAGUUUGCUUUUCAGCUGAAGAUUAAGUUGGAACAGAACAAUCAACAUUCAUUUCAGAAUUUUGGGCUUCGAAUAGGUAUUAACCAUGGGCCAGUUGUGGCUGGUGUGAUUGGAGCAAGUAAACCACAGUAUGAUAUAUGGGGGAAUACUGUAAACGUUGCCAGUCGAAUGGAAAGUACAGGGGAAAUAGGGAAGCUACAGGUAACUGAUGAAACUGCAGAAAUUCUUAAGUUGCAUAAGUAUAUUGUUAAAGAACGAGGCACUGUUGAUGUAAAGGGGAAAGGAAAGUUACGGACCUCAUAUGUUAUGCAACUAAAGACAAUUUAGUUGACUUGGUCAUCUCACUGACAAUUAGGACAGUAGUUUUUGUAGAAUAUAUUUGUAGAAUAUAUUUUUUAUAAGUAAAUGCACAAACAGUGUAGUUUUAAGUUAGACAUCAGCUGUGGCUUGUACAUGAACAUUUGAGAAGAACUGGAGUUAGCGAUUUCUACACCAUAGCCCAAGACAGUUUUUGAAUAGCCUGUGACGUUUUGCCUCAACCAUCUGUGUACUCAAACAUCUAGGCUGUGUCUUCACUAGCUGGUAAAUAUGUUAGAAGUUGCUUAACUUAAUUAAGUUUAAAACACUUGACAUAUGU